UCACUGAACUGAGGGGCCGAGAGAGGGCGGGGACUGGAGCAAGCUGACUGAUCCCUCCUAGCCUCUCUCACACUUUUCCCCUCAGGUCCCGGCUUGGCGCUACAGCCCUGCGGAUUGACUCCAUCCUAAGCCGAUCUACUGGGCCCUUAUUGCCAUCAGGUUCCUCCUCCGAGUCGGGCCCGCCACUAGAGCCCCCGACAGACCCAUGUUCACCCGGGAUCUGGCGUAAGGCCGGAGGUGCGACCGGGCUCCAUUCUGAGGGACUUGGAUCGGUGUGCUUGAGCUGAGCGGUUUGAGAACCGGGACGGUCCAAUGCGCUAACCUGAGGUGGCGCCAGCCAUUCUGCUGUUCGUCCCUUUGCACUUCUCCAUUUCCUCUUAGGGCUUGAAUGGAGCGUUCUGCUGCAGGCUUUUAAGUGUGUUCUUCGAACCCUGGUCAGUAAUGCCUAGAGUAGCGCCAUUUUGCUGUACGGAAGCUACCAAGCGACGAAGACAGGAGCCUCUCCCCGAGAUACUCCGAAAAAAUGUCACGUCUGGUUUUGGGAAGAGGAGACCCCAAAAUGGGAUCAAGCAAGAAUUAAAGGGCCGGGUUGAUGCUCCUUAAUGCCAUGUCCGGGCCAUCUCUCAUCACGUUCACCCCAGCCACAGACUCCAGUGACCUAUGGAAAGAUGGGCAACAGCAGUUACAGCCUAAAAAGCCAGAGCCCAUCCUGGAUGGGACUGCAGCCCGGGCUUUCUAUGAGGCACUGAUUGCAGAUGAGAGCAGUGUACCUGAAUCCCAGAGAUCUCAGCCUCAUCCAGUCAGGGAGAAAAAGAGGAAGAAAAGAAGAAUGACGAGGGAGACUGCAGCAGAAGUAGUGGCAGCAGGAGCAUCAGGAAGACACGGACAAAGGAGAUCCCUUGAAGCUGAUGACAAAAUGACCCAGUGGAUAUUGAAGGCUGCCCAAGAGGGGGACCUAGCAGAACUUCGAAGGCUGUUGGAGCCCUGUGAGGCAGGGGGAGCUGGAGGGAAUAUCAAUGCUCGGGAUGCCUUCUGGUGGACCCCCCUAAUGUGUGCUGCCCGAGCCGGCCAGGGUGCUGCUGUGCACUAUCUCCUGGGCCGAGGGGCUGCCUGGGUGGGUGUCUGUGAGCUGGGUGGCAGGGAUGCUGCUCAGCUGGCUGAAGAAGCAGGCUUUCCUAAGGUGGCCCAGAUGAUCAGGGAGAGCCAUGGAGAGACAAGGAGCCCAGAGAACCUUAGGCUCCCUUCUCCCUCCCCUCAGUACUGUGAGACCUGUGAUGCCCACUUUGAAGACUCCAACCACUGCACUUCCACUGCUCAUCUGCUGUCACUGUCCAGGGGUCCCAAGCCCCCUAACCUUCCCCUUGGGGUGCCCACCUCCAGUCCUGGCUUCAAGCUGCUGCUGAGGGGAGGCUGGGAACCAGGAAUGGGGCUAGGACCCCGGGGUGAGGGCCGUGCCAAUCCUAUACCCACUGUCCUCAAGAGGGACCAAGAAGGACUAGGUUACAGAUCAGCACGCCAGCCCCGAGUCACACACUUCCUAGCUCGGGAUAUCCAGGCUGUGUCUGGGAGAGAGAGAACCCCUCGAGUGGCCACACUGAGCCAGAGGGAGAUGAGAAAGCAAGAGGAGAAGGACAGGGCCUGGGAGCGGGAUCUGAGGACGUACAUGAACCUCGAUUUCUGACUUUGAUGAAGUCUAAUGCUGGUCUGCUUUGAAGUCUGAACUUCUGCCUCUGACUUGGGCCCUUUGACAUAUUUUCUGGGAUCUGCCCAGGUGCCAGGUUUUGAUCAUUGGACACUGAUUUUGUGAGGAGGGGCUGAGAGUUGAGAAAUAAAUGUCUAUGGUGGUUUCUUUA